UACUUCUCAUUUCCCAUACAAUAUUAUUGAAACCAUAAUCAUGAGGGAAAUUUUCCAUUCUAUGUUUGUUCUGGUUGCUGUAUUGUUCUUUGGUAUUGCAGAAUUCUGUUCCGGUCGGAACACGAGCUUUAGCUGUAUAGAAAGGGAGAGAGAAGCCCUAUUGAAGUUGAAACUUUGUUUCCAUGAUCCAUCGCAUAUGUUGUCUUCUUGGAAAGGCAAUGACUGUUGUGAAUGGAGAGGAGUAGGCUGUGACAAGAAUGGCCAUCAUGUUGUCUCAAUUCAACUCAAGGGAUCAAUAUUUGAUCAACCUCAAUUGUACUUGAUUGACAAUGUUGAGGAGGUUGUUUCGAGUUUGCUCAUGUUGAAAUACUUGGAACACCUGGACUUGAGCAGAAACUACUUCAACAAAAGCCUUAUUCCGCACUCCUUUGGUUUGAUGAAGCAGCUACGGUACCUAAAUCUCUCUCAUGCUCAUUUUAGAGGAAGAAUUCCUAGUGAACUUGGAAACCUUACGAGGCUUCGUGUUCUUGAUCUUGCUGACUAUUAUGGUGGAGCAUUGAAGGUUGAUGAUGACAUUCAGUGGAUUUCUCAUCUAUCCUUUCUGCAACAACUUGAUAUGAGUGGAGUAAAUCUAAUGCUUGCAUCAUCAAACUUGUUCCAGGUACUUGGCAUGCCUCCUUUAUUAUCAUGGUUAAGUCUAUCAGGUUGUAAUCUCAAAAAUUCUCACUUACCAUCUGGUGAGAUGGUAGGUGGUCUUGAAAGGUCAUCUGAAUGCUCUAGAUAUGAAUUAGAGACUAUGGAUUUAGGAGAAAAUAACAUAAGUGGUCUUAUGCCUAAUUGGUUAGGGGAGCUCAAAAGGCUAAUAUACCUUAAUCUUAGCUCAAAUGCAUUUGUUGGUCCAAUCCCAAGUUCUCUUGGGACAAUUUCAUCUUUAAGAGAGUUGGUCUUUCAAUGAAUGCGUUGAAUGGGACCAUUCUUGUGUGCAUUGGGAAGUCGUUGGCCAUCCAAAAAUUAAAUCUUUUUGAGAAUCAAUUGAGUGGGAGUAUUCCAGAUAGCAUUGGGCAACUUUUCAAGUUAAAGCACAUAAAUCUUUCUUACAAUCAAUUGAAUGGAAGUAU